AUGAAAUACGAUGAGGCGAUGCGAGCAGUAAAGGGUAAUAACUCAAAAUCUGCAAGAUCAGCGUUGAAGGCGGCAACCGCAGCCAUGAAAGCGACCAAGGCUGGCUUUCAAAUCAAGGCUAAAAGCUACUACGAUGCUAAAAACUAUACCGAGGAUGAUCAAUUCAGUGAUAGACAAGACGAGCGCACGAUUCGCCAAACGGCGAAAAACAUGGUUGAUCAGGUAAGAACGAUAGCGUGGGGUCAGGGGUUAAUAGGAAGCUUCAGGGAGGAGGUACCAUGUUUUUUCUCUUCAUUUUAA